GUCAGUAGCGUAGCGGGACGGUGGGCGGGCGCGGGGAUGGCGGGGGAGCCGGGCAGCAGCGAGGUGCGGCGGUGGCACCGCUUCGACCAGGGCAGCUUGGAGCGGUACCUGUGCGGCCGCCUGGCCGGCUUCCCUCGGCAGCCGGCGGGGCCUCUGGCUGUCAGGCAGUACAGCUCAGGCCAGUCAAAUCCAACCUUUUAUCUUCAGAAGGGUGGGCAGGCUUAUGUGCUCAGGAAGAAGCCCCAUGGCCCUCUUCUACCUAGGGCUCACAAGAUCGAUAGAGAGUAUCGUGUGCAGAAAGCCUUAUUUUCAGCUGGAUUUCCGGUGCCUGAGCCCCUGUUGUAUUGCAGUGACGUUUCUAUCAUUGGAACAGAAUUUUAUGUAAUGCAGCAUGUGCAGGGUCGCAUCUUCCGAGACCUCUCAAUGCCUGAAGUGGGCCCAGCAGAGCGUUCUGCUUUGUAUAUUGCAAUGAUAGAAACUUUGGCCCUGUUGCACUCCUUUGAUUUACAGUCAUUGGGUCUCCAAGGAUAUGGUAGAGGACCAGGAUACUGCAGAAGACAGGUAUCAACUUGGAAAAGACAGUAUGAUGCAGCUGCUCAUACAGAUAUUCCUGCCAUGAACAAGCUGGCUGAGUGGUUAGCAAACAACUUGCCACCUGAUGAUAAUGAAGAAAGCCUGAUUCAUGGGGACUUUAGAAUAGAUAACAUCAUCUUCCACCCAACAGAGGCUCGUGUUUUGGCAGUGCUGGACUGGGAACUUUCGACUGCUGGUCAUCCUUUAGCAGAUUUAGCAUAUGCCACUAUGUUCUACUUUUGGCCUACAUCUAAUAAUGACUUUGGUCAAGGAACUGUCUUGGGUUUCAAAGACACCAUAGAAACUCCUUCAUUUGAAGAACUGGUUUCCAUUUACUGCCGCUGCCAGGGUGUUAGCACUACUUUAUCCAACUUUAAUUUUUUUCUUGCUUUGUCAUAUUUUAAAAUGGCAGCAAUAUCCCAGGGUGUGUAUGCUAGAUAUCUCAUUGGAAAUGCUUCUGCAGAGAACAGUCGUGAAUUUGCUAAGAUUGUGAAGCCUUUGGCAGAGAGAGGGUUAGAGCUCUCAAAAAGGUCAUCUUUCAGCAGCACACACCACAGCAUUUCUGGAGAGCUGUUCCAUCAAAGUAGGAAAGGCCAAGAAAUUUUGCUGAAGGUCAAGCAGUUCAUGAAGCAGCACAUAUAUCCAGCUGAGAAGGAAAUAAUAAAAUACUAUGCUGGACAUGCAAAUACUGAGGAAAAAUGGAAGAAACCACCACUGCUUGAGAGACUGAAGGAAAUGGCCAAAGUAGAAGGUCUGUGGAACCUUUUUCUCCCAGAUGUCAGUGGUCUCAGCCAGCUUGACUACGCGCUAAUAGCUGAGGAGACGGGGAAAUGCCUCUUUGCUCCUGAGGUUUUCAACUGUCAUGCACCAGACACUGGAAACAUGGAGGUCCUGCAUAUGUAUGGGACUGAAGAGCAAAAGAAAGAGUGGCUGGAGCCUCUCCUAGAAGGGAAGAUUAGUUCUUGCUUCUGCAUGACAGAACCUGAUGUGGCUUCAAGUGAUGCCACCAAUAUGCAAUGCAGCAUUGAGCGAGAUGGAAACAGUUAUGUGAUCAAUGGCAAGAAGUGGUGGAGCAGUGGUGCUGGAAACCCAAACUGCAAAGUUGCAAUUGUAAUGGGCAAAACCAAAAACUCCUCAGCAUCCAGGUACAAGCAGCACAGUAUGAUUAUUGUUCCCAUGGACACUCCAGGGCUGAAGCUGAUAAGACCCCUCUCAGUGUUUGGCUACCUGGAUGAGAUCCAUGGAGGACAUUUUGAGAUACACUUUAAUGAUGUGCGAGUACCUGUCUCCAAUAUAAUCCUGGGAGAGGGCAGGGGCUUUGAGAUUGCUCAAGGUCGGCUUGGGCCAGGCCGUAUUCAUCACUGCAUGAGGUCCCUUGGUGCAGCUGAAACCGCUUUACAGAUAAUGUGCCAGCGUGCAGCACAGAGAGAGACUUUCGGGAAGAAACUGUAUCACCAUGAAGUUGUUGCCCACUGGAUUGCUGAAUGCCGCCUUAGCAUAGAACAGGCUCGACUGCUUACCCUGAAAACAGCCAGCAAGCUUGACAUGUUGGGCAACAGAAAAGCAAGAAAAGAGGUAGCCAUGACCAAAGUGGCUGUCCCUCGAGCUGUCCUGAAAGUGAUUGACUGUGCAAUCCAAGUGUGUGGUGGAGCUGGAGUUUCCCAGGAUUUUCCUUUGGCUUCUAUGUUUGCUUACAUACGGACCUUGCGCCUGGCAGAUGGGCCUGAUGAAGUUCAUCUCUCAACAAUUGCAAGGUGGGAACUGCUUGAUCAGUCAAAGCAGCUAACUGCAAAAAUCUAAUGUCAGCAUAAAGCCAUCUCAAAUGGAUGGAAGAUUUAGGAAAGAUUUAGUUCAGUGCAAUAGUGUUAAGGUAAAAUUGGAUGAAUACAAAAACUUGAUUCUAGCUUGAAGCAAUACAUAUUCUCUCACUCUUUACUUGUAAUUAUUACAUUUAAUAUCAGGCACUUGCUUUUAAAAAUUUGCAGCAUGCCAUGUAAAUACCGGAAUUUGUCCAGGUUCUUUGUAAUACUAAAUAAAAUCUAUUUUCUAACAGG